CGCAGGCCCUGUGGUUGAAAAAUGAAAUGAAUUCUUCCCUCAUUUCCAGCGAUUUUGGGGAGGUUGAGCCCUACCGGGGCGCUUAUGAUUCGGGAAUGCGAAUAUGCGCGCCGUCCAACAAGAAGAUGCGGAUUCUUUUCACUAAUUCGCAUCUUCUUAUUCUUAUUCUCCUUCUCCUCCAUUUUCCACUUCCAGCACCCAAACUCCACUUUAUCUCGCCUCUGAAACCGAACCACCGCGCCUCUACUCAAUCUCGCCGCCGGCAUCUCCAUCAAUAUCUUCCUCGUCUUCUUUCAGGUUGAAUAUAGGAGUUCGGAGUGGACACAAUUAUUUUGUUCGAUGUCAGCAGAUUCUUGCUGACAUUGAAAAUGAUUCAGCUUAUUACUGAAACUCUGAUGGGUACCCAGAAUAAAUCGAACUCUUGUAGAGCCCUUGAAGGUCUGCAUGGGGUUACUGUUGUGCCUGAUUCACACUUCGCGCUGGAUGAGACUACACGUGAUGGGAAGUUUUCUCAGUUGAAUUGUGGAAGUUCAGCUUUAAGUGUGAACCAGCCAUUGAUUAUGCAAUGGGUAUGGGAGCAAAGACCAUCCUGUUUGAGACCUGUUGGGGGUUGUAUACAAGGUGAUCGGAAUCUGGCUGAGAGGGUGGCUAACGUGCUUACCUCACUUCCUUUUAUAGCUCUAGGAAUUCAGGCACCAAGGAAGAAUUUCUCAAUGAAGCUAUAUGCUAAUUCAUUGAUUGGAGUUGGAGUUGCCUCAAGUUUAUAUCAUUCUUCCAGAGGAAAAUUGAGACAAUACCUUAGAUGGGCUGACUACACAAUGAUAGCUACAGCCACGGUGUGUUUGACAGGAGCUCUCAGAAAUGACAACCCGAAGUUGUUGAUGGCUGCAUCUGCAUUUCUAUUACCUUUGAGGCCUUUUACGGUUUCUGCUCUUCACACAGGGAUGAUGGAGGUAAUAUUUGCAAAAAGAGCUUUGAAGGAUCCAGAUUUAAGGAUGGCUCACAAUGUGCAUAAGAUGUCAACAAUAUUAGGUGGUGUACUUUUCAUUGCUGAUGAUGCUUUGCCCAAAACUCCAUUUAUUCAUGCAGCUUGGCAUCUUGCUGCUGCUGUUGGUGUUGGAACCUGUAAUAAGCUUCUUGUGUAAUUGUUCACAAGAAACAUAAAUUCGUCGACGUCUCAGUCUUGCUUUCUCGAAGAGCAGCAUUAUACCCUUGGAGGAUUAUCUCUGCUGGUCGUUAUUUAUCGCGAUCCAGGUUCGAUCAAUGAUUGCUCUAUCAGAUUAGUUUUUUUUUCCCAUGGAAUUGUAACUUAUUCAAGAGUAGACAAGAACAGCUAUGCAAAAAUACUCAUCUCUGAAAAGCUUUUGAAUGUAAUGAAUAAGCAAUUGUUUA